AUGGCUGCCAUGGAAAUCUCUAGUGAUGAAGAGAGUCCCAGAAAUGGGGGUACGAAGCGGGGGACUGUUGUGGAUUUGUCAGUGGAGGAUGAACCUGUUACCAAUGAGUUACUGAGCCUGGACCCUCUAGUGGGGAAUAUCCAUGAAAUGCGACAGAAGCUGGUGGCCAUGGAGAGCGGUGCCAAAGAGGACGUGGACAUGGGAAGCCCCACUGAGGUUUUCGAUGAAGAGUACCAGAGUGAGUUAGAUGCAGUUUGGAAAGGUGAAGAGGGUCCAGAGGUUGCAACUGAACAUCGUGACUUGCAGCAAGUGCUGGAUGUUAUCCUGAAGAGACAAGCCACCGUAGACCUCUCAGGUGAACAGGCAGCAAAGGUCGUCAAGCCCGUGGAUGGAGGUAUGGGACUGAGUGAGAAGUUGAAGCUCAAGCCCCACAUACCGGAUUGCCUGAAGAUGCCUUGGGAGAGAGGUUUCGCUGGUCUGGUUUUAGGCAAAGCACCAGAAGUGAUGGAGAUGCCCAACCUUAGUGCUAUGAAAGCUGCUCUGAUGGUCGAGGAAGAGAUCGUGGAGCCGAAGGAGGAUGACAAGAUGCCAGCAGAUGUCUUCGUGAGAAGCGGGUUCAAACCUCUUGACAGAGAACGCAAAGCCUGGCAGCAAGCUGAGGCCGACGAGAGGACGAAGCUCAUGGCAGGGUGGAUGGUGGUCAUCCAUGAAGCUGGAGACCAAUGUGCGGCUGGGCAGAUGUUGGAUGAGUCAGGCGAGAACGUGUUGGAGGACAUCUUUGCACGUAAGAAAAAUGGCACCCUCCAAGUGAGGCUCAGUGCAAUGAUGCUGUAUGUCAGGUGGUGCAAAGCCAGAGAUCUUGCAGCUUUUCCUCUACGUGAACAACAAGUGUACCAGUAUGUGGAUGAUCUCAGAAAGAACCGAGCUCCUGCAACCAGAGCAGGCAGUUUCAGAAGUGCCCUGGCAUUUUGCAAGGGCACCCUGCAGCUCAAAGGCGUUGAUGAGGUGCUGGACAGUGGCAGGAUAGCUGGAUCAGCACAUAGGAGCUACGUCACAAAGAGGGUUCUGAGACAGAGGGAUGCACUCACUGUCCACCAGAUCCAGACUUUGGAAGCCUUGGUCGAGAACCCGCUGGCCCCGCUACAAGAUAGGUUGUUUGCUGGGCACUGCCUGCUGUGUGUGUACGGCAGACUGAGGUUCGGAGACAGCCAGGGCAUCGAGGAAGAGCCGAAGCUUGAUGGGGACUACAUAGAGGGAGGGACCACUAUCCACAAGACGGACUCCCUCGUGGGAAGGGCAAGGAGAAUCUUGCCAGUGGUGGCCCCAAGCAGGGGAGUCUCAGGAGUGGCAUGGGCUGAGGAGUUCUUGAGGCUGAGAGCUCAAGCUGGCCUGAGAGCUCUCCCUGGUCGCCCCUUCAUGCCAGCCCCCAUCACAGGUGGAGGAUGGAGCCAGAGCAGAUUGUCCACCUCCGAGGCAUCCAACUGGCUGUGUGAGCUGCUGAAAAGAUACUCCAUGGAGAAGAUGGACAUGAGCAACGUGAUCAAAGACAUCAGGAUGUAUAGGUUUCGACCUGACCUGCCAAGAUCCGAGAGAUGGAAGGAUCCGCCGGCAGAGAUGGGAGAUGCUGAGGAUGCUGAUGACGACUUGCUGGUGGAGGAGAGAGGCGACCUCAGUAUGGAGGAGAUCCCAACGCCUGGUAAGAAGAGUGUGAGGUUGGCCGAGGUUGGAGAGCUGUCGACGGAGAGUGAAGAGUCCGGAGAUGAGGUGGAUGAAAGUGAAACUGAGCGCAACCUCGAGGCAGUUGUACAGGUGGAUGAUCGAGGGAAGUCCUUCGGUGUGAAGUGCGACUAUGAGGACUGCCGGUGCAGUCGGUUUUUCUCUGAGUGGUCUGGUGCCGCUAGCGACGAAGUGGCUCAAGCCGCAGUGACCGGGGACAUGGCGACUCUGACAGAGUCCAAGGCCGUGUUCGAGGCGAAGUUGAAGGAGAAUGGGCUGGAUGGCUACAAGCUGCUGAUGAGUGGCAAGGGAUGGACCACCCUAUCCACCUUUGCCUUUGCAAGCAGCUGGGCACCGGGAACAGGGGACGAUACGGCUUUCAUGGAGCAGGUGGUGAGGCCGAUACUGGGGAGGAACGAUCACCAGGAUCUGCCGAGACUGAGGAAGCUGUACCAUGAGGCCUACACGAUAGUGGCCGCAGAGCUGAGGACACGCCUGGAGGGAACACAGGAAGCCGAUGGGAGCAAGACCAGGAAGCUACCACCAGUGGAAAGGAAGACGAGGUGGGCGCAGGUGAAGCAGCGCUACCCUCACCUCCAGAUAGGUGAUCAGCUGGAGCCAGCACAUCAUGUGGUAGACAAGUGCCACUCAAUGAAGGUUGAAGGCGACUUGCGCUACCUGGCGCCUCAUGAAAUCCCAACCAGGGAUCAAGAGAUGCAGAAUGUGAAGACCGAGGAGCUGAUCAAGAAGGACGCAAGUGGCCACCUGAAGGCGCAUGACGAGACCAAACUGCCAGACGCGGACCUGAAGACCGACCUGAGGAUGAGGCAGGCAUACAUGCGCAGAGGGUUGGCCAUGGAAGUGGCCGAUAUCAUGACUUACACAAGUCAUGAGAAGCUGGUGGACAGGAUGUUCCAGGAGUACCAGAGAGAGCCACCCAUGGGAUAUGCCCAAGUGACGCUGAAGCAAUUGGCCGAGGCGGACCGGAGGGCAUGGAAGCUCAUGGCAGAAGAUCUCCAAGGUGACUUGGGCAGGGACACCAAUGGUGAGCGUCUGGCUGACCUGGCGGUGGACAAAGUCUUGGUGCACCCAGCCUUCACCACCUUGCUCAUGCCGUUGCCCGGCGCCAGAUCAUCAGCGGCGGCAUCAUCUGGUGACCAGGACACAGAGCCAGUGGGGGCCGGCAAACGAAAGCUGAUGAAGGAGAACCAGCGCCUGAAGGAGAGAUUGCGUGAAGCUGAGAGCUCGCAGAAGGACAAGAAGAGCAAGCACCAAGAAGCCCCAGUGACCCCUCAGGUCAAAAAGAUGCCCAUCAAGAUGCCGAGGGAGCUAUGGGGGUACCAGCCCAUGAAGAAGGGCAAGAGGAUCUGCUAUGGGUUCCAGCUGAACAACUGCACCAACAAGGUGCAGAAUGGCGAGUGUGCAAAAGGGCUGCAUGUGUGUAUGAAGUGCUGGAAGGAUGACCAUGGAGCCCAACAAUGUUCCCAAUGA